AUGGCUAGCAACGAAUUCAUAUUGGUUUCACCGGCGAUUGAUAAAGAAGGAGGGGGAAAACUGCCAAGAUACUGCACACAAGAAGGACUAGGCACAAAGUGGGACAUAUCUCCGCCGUUGGAAUGGCAUAACCUGCCUCCCAAAACCAAAAGCUUGGCCCUUGUAGUACAAAACAUUAACGCCAUGGACCCAACUGGACGCAUGGUGCCGUUCACCCAUUGGGUGGUGGUGAAUAUUCCGGUAACCGUGAAGGGACUGCCGGAAGGGCUCUCCGGGAAGGAAGAGGAACUGGGCGGUGAGUAUAGUAGAAUUGAAGAAGGGCUUAACGAUUGGAACGUGCAUGUGUGGCGUGGUCCCAAGAUGCCUAACUAUGGGGAUAGGUUUGAGUUCAAGCUCUAUGCUCUGGAUUAUGACAUGCACUUUGAUAACCAGGUGACGAAGCAGAAGCUGUUGGAGGCAAUAGCAGGGCAUGUAGUGGGAGAGGCAGUAUUAACUGCUACUUUCUGA